ACCCUCAGUGGAACCUCUCUCUCUCUCUCUUUCUCUCACAGUAUUUCUCCAACCAGACACCAACUCUGUAACAUUUGAGUUGUACAGUAUAUAUACAUACAUACAUAUCAGAAGCAGAGAACUAUUACAAGGGCUUCUUAUCCAUCAGCCAAUCCACACCCAGAACUCUAAAACCAACAAGUUUGGCAAUGGAGUCCAAAAAUCGGGUUUCUGUGGAGGACGAGAAGGGUGUUUUUGAGAAAAUUCAUGAAGAGGGUGAGAAGGUUCUGAAUGUGAAUGUGAUUUCUGAAAAUGUAGUAAAGGCAGAAGAAGGUAUUAAUUCGUCAGUACCAGUGGUCAAAUCUACUGUUGCUGUUUCGGAGAGUAAAAUCUCAAAUCCCCCGAAAGGGUCAAAUGGCAGUGGUUUAAAGAGCGGUAAAGUGGCCAAGGAUCGGCCUAAUUCAAAAGGCCCAACUCCACUUGCUUGUAACACGAGGCGGAGUAUGACUCAAAGUCUAUCUUUCCCAGCAAAGGGACUUCAUGCUGAUGUGAUGAAGAAGAGCAUUGACGUGUACCCAGUGAAAGCCGAUUCCAAAAGUUUCCGAGCAAAAGGGGCAAAAUCGGAGUUGUCAUUUUCUAAUGGGACUGUCACUUCAACAGCCCGUUUGAAUCCAGCUAAUAGGCGAGCUUCUGUUGGACUGAACUCAAAGGAAAAUAAUGAUGGCGGAGCAUCAACUCGGAGGACUACUUUAGCAUCUCUUCCAAGCUUUCAGCCGUUUAUGUCUGGAAAAACUGGUUCGGUGAAGUGCCCUCCAUCCGACAUCCCCUCAUCAGUUGAUCAAGAUUCGAAACCUACUAAAACUGCAUUAGCAACCAAAAAGGACGAUGAUGCCCACUCCACUGCUUCAUCAAAUGCUACUCCUUGUGAGCAGCAGAGGAGCAGUGGCUCUGGAUUUUCCUUUAGGUUGGAUGAACGUGCUGAAAAGCGAAAAGAGUUCUUUUCAAAGAUAGAGGAGAAGAUACAUGCAAGGGAAGUGGAAAAGAGCAACUUGCAAGAAAAAUCAAAGGUAAACCAGGAGGCGGAGAUAAAACAAUUGAGGAAGAGCCUGACAUUUAAAGCUACACCCAUGCCAAGUUUCUAUAAAGAACCACCUCCAAAAGUUGAACUGAAGAAGAUACCAACCACACGUCCAAAAUCUCCGAAGCUAGGAAGGAACAAGAGCUCCAUUGCUGCGACAAGCAACUUCUCAGAAGGUAACGGGUCAUGUCUUGGCCCACACAUGAACCAAGACCAGGGCAAGUCACCCAGAGCUACCCAAACAAAGUCUAAGGAUGCUUCUACUUCAAAGAAGCCAAUCAGGAAGUCCUUGUCCGAGCUUCAGUCCCCAGAAUCUGUGGCCACUAAAGCAGAAGGAAAACCAGUCGAGUCAAAAAUGAAAACCACAGAAGCAGAAGAAAGCCAAGAUCAGAAAGCUAGUGCGGAAGAAUUCGAAGAAAACCAAACGAAGCCUGUGAUUCCUGGUGAACUUGAAGAUGAUAAGAUUGGCAUGGAGUCUGGCACGAAUGUGGUCGAAGAUAGUGGUCCGAAUACAGUCUUAGCCAUUCCAGAGAUCCAGCCUGCUGAAGUCACAGUUGGAGGUUAAACAUCUAAAUUUUAAGACUCUAUUUAUAGGUAUUCUUCAAAAUCUUUUGAAUUUCCAUUGUUUUGUGAAUAGUGUGUGGUGGUGGUAUGUUACUUUCAAAUGUUAUAAAUUGGCAGCUACAAAUUUCAAAUGAUACUUUCUAAUGUUUUCUGUAUUUAGAGGUUGUUUGGGGUGUUCUAAAUAAGUGUAUUUUUUGUCUUUUUGAAUUAAAAA